AUGGAAAUUGUCGCGUCGUGGCUUUCCACUGCGCCGAAUCUCCAUACGUUGGAAUACUUCCGAGCACUUGACAUCGAGGCCCUAGAAUAUGACGAGCAUUACGAAUGCGGGUAUUGGGACGAAUGGAAACAUUUCACGUCAGCAUUGGCCACCGUCUCGGAGACUUUGAAAAGCCUGGUCAUCUCGGUCGCCUGGGGUCGUAUGGGGGACCAUCCGCCAGACCCCAUGGACGACGAUUGGGUUAAUAAGGUUUGGCAAAGACAAAGCUCACUGGGUUCCUUAAAAUCUCUGGUUUCGCUGGAGAGACUGGAAAGCCCCAUUUGGGUCCUCCUGGGAUGGAUGCCGGACUUUCCAACCACCAGGCUCGGGAAUUUCUUCCGCCUACUCUACGAGAACUUGCCAUCCGGGAUGAUCUCUUUGAGACGCUCGAUUACCAAUGGACGAUCUGGGACCGCCCAAAUGGCCAACUGCUCAGGAUAUCGGGCAGCAUAG